UUGCAGAAGCAGUGAAAUGGUGAUGAGGUAGCAGAAGGAGAAGGUGGUAACUCCUGCCGGACCACGCCACCACCGCCACGCCGUAAGGAGCGCCGCCGCUGCGUCGAGCGGCGCCCCCGCAACCUUCCCGCAAGUGCGCUGCCGCCGCCGCCGCCGCGAUGACGACCGUUCCGAGAGGACCCGGCCUCUACGAGUUCCUGACGGAGGCCGAACUGCAACACUACUACAAUAAUUUUAAGAAUGACCUCAAGGUGCAAAAUGUUGGUCAGCUUAAAUUCGUGGCCGACGAGGACUUGCAGGCCAUGGGCAUGUCCCGACCCGAGGUGCGCAGACUCAAGAAGUACUUCCACAAGUACUGUCCGCAGACUUACCUUUCCAAAUUUAAAAAGAUCCUCCUAGCGAGGAAGGACGGCCAGGACAGCCACGAGGUGGUGGUGCCUGACGAGGCGGGCGACCGUCCGAGCGUGCGCGUCCCCAGCAAGCACAUCAUCCCAGCGGACGCCAUCGUCAUCAACAAGGAGCUGGGCGUGGGCGAGUUCGGGGUGGUGCAGCAGGGCGUGUGGACCAACGAGGAGGGCGAGAGGAUUCAGGUAGCUAUUAAAUGCCUCAGUAAGGAGAGGAUGCAGACACAGCCGAUGGAGUUCCUGAAGGAGGCAGCAAUCAUGCAUACCAUAGACUCCGAGCACAUUGUGAGACUGUAUGGUGUUGUGCUGGACACAAAUGCCCUAAUGCUGGUAACAGAACUGGCUCCUCUUCGGUCUCUGCUUGAAUGCAUCAAGGAACCCUCUCUAAGAGUCAGUUUCCCUGUCACAUCACUCUGCCACUUCUCCAUACAGAUUUGUGAUGGCAUGUCCUACCUUGAGGGCAAGAGACUUAUUCACAGAGAUUUAGCUGCAAGAAAUAUCUUAGUGUUUUCCAAAAACAAGAUCAAGAUAUCAGACUUUGGUCUAUCAAGAGCUUUAGGUGUUGGAAAAGAUUAUUACCAAACAAAUUUUAAUGUUAAUUUGAAACUCCCAAUUGCAUGGUGUGCUCCAGAAUGUAUAAAUUACUUAAGAUUCACAUCUGCCUCUGAUGUGUGGGCAUUUGGAGUAACUCUCUGGGAAAUGUUCAGCUAUGGUUUCCAGCCGUGGGCUGCACUCACAGGACAGCAGAUACUAGAAGCUAUUGACGAGCCAAACUUCCAGCGUCUUGAACAACCUGAAGCUUGUCCCAAAGAAUAUUACACUAUAAUGCUCAAGUGCUGGCAACAUGACCCUGCAAAAAGACCCAAGUUUGCAGAUCUCAUGGACAUAUUGCCUGAUUGCAAACCAGAGCAAGUCCAGGUAGUGCGGGAUUGUGAGGAUCCGCCAACCACACCUGGAGGCAAGAGGGAAAGACUGCAGUACUCUGUUGGAGAUGUCAUCACUGUCUUAGAUAAAAGACCCGUGACAGACAACCCAGGAGUAUGGAAAGGAGUACUGAAUACAGGGAAGACGGGACACUUUAAUCCUGCCAACACCGUCACGUACUUGGGCACGAACAUUCCAUCCAAUAAAUCAUCCUUCCAGAGAGGAGAUGGCAAAAACCCUUACUCUUCACGACGCCGACUAAGGCCAGAGAUGAUAUCUGGGCCUCAGGGGGAUUUCAAGCACACAGGACACGUAGGACUGGACGGGGCAUACUUUGGUGAUGUCUCCUUCCUCGGAGAUAAGGUCCAGGCUGGGAGAUUUGUUCAAAAAAAGCUUGAUAAGUAUCAUCAGUUGCCGAAGCAGAUUGUAACCCCAUACAAGCCGUCGGAUGACCAUGAUCAGUCUACGUCACUGACUCGUGCAAGUUCCGAUGUUUCAGACAGAGCGCCAUUACUAAAGAAGGUGGGCGACAAGGGUAAGUCUGGCCCGGCAGCUGAACACAACUGGUCGGACACAGCCAGCGAGGACCAACCAGACAGUCCAGCUCGCACUCGGCAGUCGGACCACGAGUACCAUGAGAUAUCCGAUGAGGAUGAGCCUUUGCCCAAAGUGGAGGUAGGGAAGCCGUUCCGGAGCAGCUCCUUUGACCUGGGCCCAAGCCUGAUGGAUGAGGUAUUCAAGGCUCUUGGUGGAUCUGCAUCUUCCGGCCCCUCCUCUCUGGAUGCCCCUGGGUCACUCCCCCCCCUGACACCCACACAGCAGUCGCAAGCUCUUCUAGAGGACAAUGAGAGCCACAACGUCAAGAAUGAAAUCAAGGAGAUGACUAAUAAGUUCUCCAACAAGGAAUGUUCCAAAAAGAAGCAGGCUAUGGUGAAGCCAAUCUCGGCUGCAGAUCAACGUACCUUAGACUCUGCAAUAGCCAUGGCUAAUGCGCUUGCCUCCAAAAGUAUACUGGAAUUAGACCGUAAUUUGGAAAGUUCGGCGGACUCUGAUGGUGUCCCAGACUCCCCCAUCACCCCGUCAUCCCCCAGUAAACAGGGAGGGUCUCGCUUUUCCUUCAAAUUUCAUUGCAAGGGAAGUCCAAAGCCAGAGAGACGUCACUUUAGCGCUGAAGCUGCAUCUAUACCAGAUAUUCAGUCAAGUAUAUCAGAGGAGGCCAAAGAAGUGUACAACUCUCUGGUGGAGCGACCAGGCCUGGACUGUGAACCCUUGGCUUUUCGCAGUGAGCCAGAGCCACCUGUGUGUGAGCCAGAGCCUGCGGAACACAACCCACUGAGGAUGCUUCGAGCCGGGGUCACGGUCAGGCCCAAGAUUAGGGGCAACAAGCACAACUUUACCUCAGGCUCCAGCACGAUAGAGAGAAGUCACGGGAUGAAGUCUGGAGGGGUUCGGGAAGGGUUAACAACAACGUCAAAUAAUAAUUUUGACCUUGGAACACACCAGACAUUACCCAAAGGUUUUAAGCAUAAUAAAGUCCCACCUCCAGUAAAACCAAAACCUUCUCCCUUAGUUAUACCUAACUCUGCCUAUAACGCUAAUAAUGAAUUUGGGGAAGUCAGCACGACACCAGAAAGCACAAGCACUGAUGGUAGCAAUCAAGAUUCAGUAAAUCCUCUCCCACUACCCCCUCGAGAUCGAACAAGACAAGCUGCACCCCUUACUAAACCCCGCCAUCAGAGAAAACACCCACUCAUCAUCCCUGGUGGCGUGACCAACUCUUUGCUCCGUGGGGGAGGUCACGUGCCAGCUUUAGCGAGUGUGAGUGACAAAAGUGAGCACACCGGCAGUCGGUUGGUCAUCCAGCAUACCCAUAAUCCCUUGCUGGAGACUCAUGGCACAGCUGCGGCAACUACAUCACCAGCUGAUGGAUUUACUAGCGAUGAGGCUACGAGCCCUUCUGGUCCUAGACUACCACCAGCCAAACCUCCUAGAUUAUUUACAAGUACGAGUGCCCUGGAUGACAGCUUUGAGAGUCAAGUGGCCAGUGAGAUGGAUGCCUUGGAUGACAUUCAGGAGGAAGAGCAAAGUCUCUCUCCUGUAGGUCCUCUACCUCCUCCCUUUCCUAACUCAGAUGCCUUCACUAACUCUUCUGACCCUCAUGUAACCACUAAUGGCUUUGGGGAGGGACCAGGAGGCGGCAGUGGGUCCCUUUACCAGUCUGGGGAUCAUGUGUCUUGUGAAGACCUGCUGGACUUUGCCAUGGACCGACCCAACUCGAGGCGGACACAGGGACCUGCCCGAGGCACUCAGUCAGACGAAGUCCACAUCAUGCAGAAAGUUCUCAAGAACGAGCAAGUUUCACCUGAAGAAUGUGUUGUGGCCCUGAAUGAAUGUGAGUGGGAUGUGCAUCGUGCCCUAAAGUUGGUACAUCUCCAGCUUCUCUUGAUUGUUCACCGGGUGCCCAUAGAAGUAGCUCGCCAUACACUGGCCUCCUUCUCUUGGGACGUGAGCAAAGCUGCCUCCUACCUGAUGGCCACAAGAGGAAGUGAUGAGGACACGGCACAAGUUUGAUCUGCUGUGUCACUAAUGAAAGUUAUCCCGGUGUAAUGAUGACGGUUCUUUUUUAUGUAACUUAAUUAUUCAUUUUUCUUUUCAUUUAGGGGGGAAUUUUCAUUUCUUUAAGGCGUAUGCUUACUCAAUUUGUGUAUUCUGUAAUGUUUAUUACUGAAAUGUGUUAGAAGACUGAUGUGAUUAAAGAGCAACAAAAAUGUCAAAACCAAGACAGCAAUGGAGCAAUAUCACAAAGUAAUUGCCUGUCAUAGAGUGCGUGGACAACCUUUUCUUUGGCAGCAGUUUCCUAACUCAUGUAUGAAAUAUUUUUUCCUGUUGCAGUAUCUUUUCUUGGAUCUUGGAUGUUGAAAAUUAAUGUAUUGAAUUGCUGAUGUUUUAUCAUCUAGUUAAUAUUCUGGAGACAUUCCCUUAAGGUUUGAACCUUUUUCUUUCUAAAUUUUUCCAGAUGGAUAGUGAUUAAUGUGUCCAUCAUUUGUUGAAAGUUACCAGGCACAGACGCAGAACAUGAAGUCAGUACUUAGAUUUUAUGCCGAGUAAAUUUAAUCAGCCGUCCUUCAUGCCUACUUAAAUUGCCAUCAGUUUAAGCAGGUGAUGAAUUUAUACAGUUUGUAAUUAGCAUUAGAGAAUAGGUCAAUUAUUCAUGACAUCCAACUUUUCUUCAGUUUUCAUAUAUCUUUGUCCAUAAAGCAUGACUCUACAACAAUCUAUGAUAAUUUGGAUUGAAGUAAUAUUUAAGUAGAUGUAUCUCCGCUCUUUGGGAUAUGUUCUGCUUUUGGAUACUGUGGAAUAAUGAAUGCUCCUUUUCUGCUCAUAUUUAUCAGUAAUAAAAGUUUCUGAGGGUCUAUAAUUAGUAAGGCAGCUGAUGAGUGUUCUAUGAUGGAUAGAAGAGUAAAAAAUCUAACAGUAGAGUCAGUUACAAUUGGUCAAGUUUGAUAUUCCUAUCCAAGUACGAUUUUGUUUCUUUAUUAUUGUUUAAUGCUUAAUUUUAAAUGAAAUGUAAAUGCAUCUGAGGAAGCUUUUACUUCUGAUAAAGUUGUAUUAUGUUGCUCUUUAUGAUAAAUGACAGGAAAUAAUUGUUCUUUUUGGGUUUAUUUUUACUUAAGUUUAUUUAUUUUUUUCUUUUAUAAAGGCAUUUCAUAUUUUUAUUUAUUCAGCUAUUGAGAAUAUGUACAACUACAUAAUGAUAUUGUCACUGAUUUUAGAUUUUUUUAGUUACUAGAAGAAUUCAUGACAUGAAAUUACAGUAACCCUCAUAACAUUUUCAGAAUCAAUAUAUGGUAGUAAUUCCACAUGCUGUCAUUUUAUUAUUUCAUGAAUAUAGAUAUACUCCUUUUUUUUAAUACCUGUGUACAUAUACAUAUUUUUUGGUAUGUGGAUGUGGGAGUUACAUUUUAAUACAGUUGUUUAGAAUAUAUAUUUUUAUUGGGUGAUCAAUUAUGUAUCCAGUUUAGAUUAUACAAUUGAAAUAGUAAAUAAACAAGGUUUUUUUUAUAGGAAAUAGUUUAUACUAAAAAGGCCAUUGUUUAUAAACUAGGUACUAAUUGUUUCAAAAAUAUUUAUAUUGGUAUUGUAUAAAAUUGCCAGAAAAAGAUUCCAAGCUAAAGAAAAUAAUCAUGAAUGGAUAUGCAUUGUAGGUAUGAAACAUGUAUUCAACUGUUAUCAAGCUGAGUAAUGUACAUCAGUAUAAAUAUGUUAAGCAGCUGACUCAACCCUUUUAUCAAGUAGAGGUAUUUUUCAAUAGCCUGCCAACAUCAGAUGGAUCCCCUUUGCUUUUGCCCAGUUUGUGUGUUCAGUAAGCAAGAAAAAAUGUAAAAAAAAAAAAAAAGUUAUAUUUAUUUGUUAGUCUUCCAACUUAUAGUUAUAUUAGGUGUGUAUGAAUCAAGAGAUUAUUAAUGAGCUUUAAUCUUAUUAUUUUGCCCCAUUUAUAUAUGAAUAUAUUUUCAUUUAUGCACUUUAAUUUUGUAUUAUGUAGGUUUUUUAAGCAUUACUGGCAUAAGAACAUUAUGAUGUCUUGUGUCAUCAUGUAAGAACCAUAGGUUUUUGGAACUGCAUUGUUGCAUAUUUUCAUACUUUUGUAUUUUUAUAUGGUCGAAUCAUGUCUGGUCUGCAACAGUAUGUAUAGAUUAGGAAUCUUUGUUGGGGGGGAAAGAUAUCGAGCAGUCUAGUCUUGAAAGCAUAACAACUGUAGGAUGUUCACAGAGCUUACUGUGUUAGCUCCAAACUUCAGUUGUUUUGAGUUAUACUGAGAUGUGCAAGAUACUCUAUGGUUGAAAGAUACUUGCCCAUUCUGCAGUUGUUAAGGUCUGGAGCUAUGUUUGAAGGAAGUGCAAUGUUUGUAUGCCUGUAGCUAUAUAAAACCUUACAUCAUG